AUGGUGAAGGUGCUGACGGUCAUUGCAAGCGUCACGGCAACGAUCAAGUCACUCAUCUCUGGAGGCAGUCCCUUCGCAGGCUUCACGGCCCUAUGGCCCACCAACAGCGAUGGCAAAUAUAUAAUUCAAGCGGAAGGCAUUCGAAUGGCCUUCACGAACCGCAACGGCGGAGCACCGACUAAUGUCUGGAUUAACGACACGAAUGGCAACGAAGUCGAUAUCAUCCUUGGCCUAGACAAGGUGGAGGAUUAUGAUAACUACCUCGGCUACCUGGGUGGAACAAUUGGCCGAGUUGCUGGACAUAUCAGUAAUGCGUCUUUCCAGUACGACGGCGAAACAUAUUUCACCUCUGCAAACGGCAACAAUGGCACAACCACAUACAACGGCGGCGAGAAGGGCUGGGAGAGAAUGACCCUCGAUGUCGGCUCCCUUACGUCGAACAGCAUUACUUUCGUUGUAUUUGAUCGGGCUGGCGGAAACGGGUUUCCUGGAAACUCUGGCUCAAGUCUCGCGCAUUCUCUGUACCCGUAUGAAUGGCGCAUCUCAUACGGGGUGACGCCCACGAGAACGAGCAAACCCGUUCCUAUCAAUCUUAGCCAUAAGACGUACUGGAACCUAGAUGGAUUUCGACCUGGUUCGGAAACAAUUGAGGAACACCGUCUACAUCUCCCUUUCUCGGGCCUUCGACUCGAGGAAGAUGAGCACAAGAUCCCAACUGGUGACAUCAAGGGCAAUAAAAUGCGCUCCCCAUACGACUUUUGGUCUUCUGCGCGGCUUCUGGCGGCAGGCCUGGCGCGCAAAGCCACCUACGAUGACCUGUUCCUAGUAACUCGUCCUCAGCCUUGGGAAGUAGAGAGCAAACCGGUCGCUUCGCUUUCCUCUGCACGUUCAGGGAUCACGGUUGAGUUAUACACCGACCAAGAGGCCGUCCGGUUGGUGACUUGGGAUGGUGGCCCAAACUCAAAUCUUACCCUCAAGGAAGGGCAAGGCGGAAAACCUGUUCAAAAGAAUGCCGCCAUUUCCAUGCAGAUGAUGGACUGGCCAGAUGCACUAAAUCAUCCAGAGUGGCAGCGUGAUAAGCAUAUCCUCUUUGGGCCGGACAGGCUGAUGACUACGUUUUCUAAGUUCAAAUUUUCUGUGAAUGGGAGACCGAAAUAG